AUGAACAGCACGAAGCAGGUAGUGACCGAAUUCAUCCUGCUGGGCUUCCCAGAGCUGGACCACCUUCGGGGACUGCUCUUUGGCUUGUUCCUCACCAUUUAUGUGGGCACUGUCCUGGAGAACCUGCUGGUGGUGGUGACGGUGUACACCAGCCAACAACUGCACACACCCAUGUACUUCUUCCUGGCCAACCUGUCUGUCCUGGAGAUUCUCUACACCACUGUCACUGUACCCAAGUUGCUGGCAAGCCUCCUGACAUUGGACAAAACCAUAUCCUUCUCAGGCUGCCUCACCCAACUCUUCCUGUUCAUCUCACUGUGCUCCUCCGAGUGCUUCCUCCUGUCCACUAUGGCCUGUGAUAGGUACCUGGCCAUCUGCCGCCCGCUGCACUACCCAGCCAUCAUGGAUUCCAAGCUGUGCCUACAGCUGGCACUCUGUGUCUGGCUGGGCGGCUUCCUGGCUUCCUUUGUGUCUGUUAUGCUCAUCUCUCGCCUCAGCUUCUGCGGUCCCAACACCCUCAACCACUUCUUCUGUGACAUCUCCCCUCUGCUGCAGCUGUCCUGCUCCGACACCACCACCAUCGAGCUGCUGGACUUCGCGGUAGCUCUGGCUGUGCUGGCAACCUCAUUGCUGGUGACCAUAGUCUCUUACAUGCACAUCCUGGCCACAGUGCUCAGGGUCCCAGGGAGCACUGGCCGCCAGAAGGCCUUCUCCACCUGCGCCUCCCACCUGGCCGUGGUGGCUAUCUUCUAUACCGCCACCAUCUUCAUGUACGCCCGCCCGCGUGCCAUCAGUUCCUUUGACCUCAACAAGUUUGUGUCUGUGAUCUACUCGGUUGUGACCCCAUUGCUCAACCCCAUCAUCUACUGCUUGAGGAACCGAGACAUCAGGGGGGCCCUGGAGAAACUCCUCCGGUGA